GGCGUGGCGAGCGGGGCCGCGCGCGGGCGGGGAGCGCGCGAGACGCCGACAGCCGGUGCUCGGCCCUCAGACGCCGCCCGACUCGGCCGCCUUGGAGGGUGUGGCGCUCAAGCUGCGGGCUGCUGGCGGCUGCAGACCCGGGGUUCUCUGCCUCUCCGCCACCCGGGCCCCCAUAUCGCCCCCAAGGCCCCCCGCGCACGUCGGCCACCGACGGGCCGCUUCCUUCUCCCGCCCCGGCGGCCAAGCGCUUCAGGUUUCCGGCAGACAUCCUAGGAGUUGAAAAUCAGGAAAGAGCCGUUGUUGGGGAUGAUGCUGAGGGAUACUGUGAAGUCCUGGAACGACAGCCAAUCAGAUCUCUGCAGCAGUGACCAGGAAGAGGAAGAGGAGAUGAUUUUUGGUGAGAAUGAAGAUGAUUUGGAGGAGAUGAUGGAUUUAAGUGACCUGCCUACCUCACUUUUUGCCUGCAGUGUCCACGAAGCAGUGUUUGAGGUCCAAGAACAGAAGGAGCAAUUUGAGGCCCUCUUCACCAUCUACGAUGACCAGGUCACCUUUCAGCUGUUUAAAAGCUUUAGAAGAGUCCGCAUAAACUUCAGCAAGCCCGAAGCGGCAGCGAGAGCGCGGAUUGAGCUGCACGACACGGACUUCGCCGGCAGGAAGCUGAAGCUGUACUUCGCGCAGGUGCAGGUGUCCAAUGAAGCACGUGACAAGUCGUACUUGCUGCCACCCCAGCCUGCCAAGCAAUUUCUCAUCUCCCCGCCAGCCUCUCCCCCAGUCGGAUGGAAGCAGAGUGAAGACGCCGUACCCGUCAUCAAUUAUGAUCUGCUCUGUGCCGUUUCCAAGUUGGGACCAGGAGAGAAAUACGAACUGCAUGCAGGGACUGAGUCGACGCCCAGCGUGGUGGUGCACGUCUGUGAAAGUGAAACCGAGGAGGAAGAGGAAACAAAAAGCCCCAAGCAGAAAAUCCCCCAGACCAGGCGCCCCGAUCCUGCAAGCACCACCGCGGCACGGAAUGAGUCCCAGGCCUUCCACUGUGCCCUGUGAGACCCUGUGCUGGGGGAGGCAGCUGCCUUCCCAGGCCACACUCGUGGGGCCCUGGGCCUCUGCUGCCGCCGCCGCCGCUGCUGGUGGCCUAGGUAGGGCCGUGAGGAGCCAGGCCUUGUGUCUGCAGAUGGGCUAGUGUGAAGCAGCAGGGAUCGCACCUGCUCGGAGUGGUAAGGGAUGUUCUUCAGGCACUUGACCAGCUGACCGCCUGGCCCCAGGGGCAGAACUCUUGACCAUUGUUAAAUAGUAGCAGAUUAGGAAAAUGUCCCUGCCUCCAUUUCCCUGGUUCUAAAGAGCAUGGGAUACGAAAACCAGAGACUUGCAGUCACCAGUCCAGUACGUUUUUAUACAUUUAAAAACUAUCUCAAAAUUCUAAUUUAGUGUGGAUAUUUUUGUACACAGGCUCCUAGUGACUAUAGUGAUCAAAGUUUAA